AUGCAUCGUCAUAACCCCGGAUCCUAUAUUCCAAAUAUUAGAAUUUCAAAAUGGUUUCCACAAUCUGAUCUUCUGAGACAUCCAAAGAUUAAACUAUUCGUAACCCAGUGUGGGCUUCAGUCCACGGAUGAAGCCAUCACAGCUGGUGUUCCUCUUCUUGGAAUGCCAGUAUUUGGAGACCAGGAAUUCAAUGCUGAACAGUAUUUACAAUACGGCAUUGGCGUCAGAGUUGAUUUGGAAACCGUAACUGAAGACAAACUAAAUGAAGGGAUCAAUAAAAUUCUGAAAGAUGAUUCCUACCGUAACAACAUAGUGCGACUUCGCACCAUAAUGCGCGAUCAACCUCAGACUCCACUAGAGCGCGCGGUCUGGUGGACAGAGUACACCAUACGUCACUCUGGAGCACGUCACUUGCGAACACCUGCAGCGAACAUCUCUUGGACAGAAUACUAUGAGUUGGAAUUAGUAAUAACUGUGUUAUUUGUUGUAGGACUAGCACUAGCCGUAGUUAUAGGAGUGCUAAGGUAUACUUAUGUGAAGUUAUUCAGAGUUACGUUUAAAGUAAAGAAGAACUGAUGUGUGUAAUUGCUUUGAUUUUUUUCA